AUACGCCCGAACCGUCAACCAUGGUUGCAUACGGCGGAGAUGAGGUGUCAGCACUAGUCCUGGACAUUGGCUCGUCCUCCAUACGCGCCGGAUAUGCGGGGGACGACACUCCAAAGGCCAUCGUCUCGUCUUACUAUGGCUGGAAGCCAGACGCGUCAUCUUCUGCCAGCGGCGAUGUCCAGAUGGAUGAAGCGUCGGGGGAGAAGCAGAAGCAGGAGGGCGCCGAGGCGGGGGCGGACCAGUCCACGUCCAAGUCGGCGAGCAGCAAUGCUAAGCUCUACCUCGGUCAACACGGGCCUUCGAUAUGGCGCCAUGGCAUGGAGGUCGGGAACCCACUCCAGGACGGCCUGAUCACCGACUUCAACGCCGUCCCGGCGCUCAUUUCGCAUGCCCUGUCAGACGUCAUGCGCAUCGAUCCCACAGAACACCCCGCACUCGUCACCGAGCCUGCCUGGAAUACACCAGCUAACCGCGAGCGGAUGGCCGAGAUAAUGUUCGAAGAGUUCCAAGUCCCUGCGUUCUACAUCGCCAAUACAGGAGUUCUCAAUGCGUUUGCGGCAGGCAAAGGCUCCGCGCUCGUUAUUGACGUUGGUCACCAUAUGGCCAGCAUUACCCCAGUCGUGGACGGCUUUGUCCUUCGUAAAGGGCUUGUAUCGUCUUCCCUCCCAAAAUUCGUGCACGCGCGCGCCCAUCACGUUCUCACCAACCCAACACAAACCCGCCCCGGUGUCGCACUCUACCCUCAUCAACUUAUACUAAGCAAACAGCCGGUCGAGCCAUCGGCACCUCCUCAGUUCACCCUCAGAGAAGAUCGCGUGGCGGGCACGACGGACACAUGGCGGUCCUGGUACGAAAACAAGGAAGUCGACGAGUGGAUCCAGACCGUCGCCGGCGUCCUCAACCAAGGCUGGAACGAGCAGGCCGCCGCCGCCCGCCCACUGCGCCAAUACGAGUUCCCGACGGGCUACAACACCUACUUCGGCAGCGAGCGCUUCCAGAUCGGCGAGGAGUUCUUCCACACCUCCCCGCAGAUGGCCGCGUCGAACCCGAACAUGCCCAAGAACAUCCCGAACCUCCUGAGCGAGUCGCUCCGCGCGUGCGACCGCGACCUCCGCCAGGUCCUGCUCGGCAACGUCGUCCUCACGGGCGGAGGAAGCCUGUUCGGGGGCUUUGCCGAGCGGCUCGAGGCCGAGCUGUCGAGACAGUUCACCCAUAUCAAGAUCCACGCGCCCGGAAAUCCGAUAGAGCGACGGUACGGCGGCUGGCUCGGAGGCAGCAUUCUCGCCAGCCUGGGCACGUUCCAUCAGCUCUGGAUAAGCAAAGAAGAGUGGCAGGAACACGGCAAGGCCAUCGUCGGUCAACGAUGUAAAUAAACGUAUCUCUCGUCUUUUACUAUAUCAAAUUUACACAGCAUGCUUGAAUCAAACC